AGCGUGGAGCAGGUAAAUGUUCCUCGCGCCGGAGCGAGAGGGGGAGCGCACGGCAGCAGUCAUGGAUCACAUGGGUUUACUGGGGGCGCAUCUCGAGCAGCAUGCGCACGUAGAGCCGAUCAGUUUUGGCAUUGAUCAGAUCCUCAGUAAUGUGGAGCAGAGCUGCAUGCUGGGUACGAGAAUGCACGAGCCGGACUAUGGACACCCGGCCUACAGCGGCAAUGCCAGCGGCGGCGGAUUCGCGUGCAGUAACAGCGGAUACAGCGGCACCAGCAGCUCGUGCGGUGCUGCUUAUCACAUGAACAUGGGUGUCAACGUCAAUGUGAACGGAACUAAUGCAAACGUCGCCGGCGUCAUCCGUGUCCCCGCGCACCGGCCUCUGAACGGAGGGAAUCCUUCGUUAGCGCCGGUCAGCGGAACCAUCAACAACCUGAACGCGCUCACUUUCCCCUGGAUGGAAAGUAACCGACGCUACACCAAAGACAGAUUCACAGUGUCCCUCUCACCCCUCACUGUCACGCGCCGUGUAGGUCAUCCCUAUCAGAACCGGACGCCUCCUAAGAAGAAGAAGCCACGGACGUCGUUCACGCGCCUGCAGAUCUGUGAGCUGGAGAAACGCUUCCACCGGCAGAAGUACCUGGCGUCUGCUGAGCGCGCGGCUCUGGCCAAAGCCCUGAAGAUGACCGAUGCUCAGGUCAAAACCUGGUUCCAAAACAGACGCACCAAAUGGAGGCGGCAGACGGCAGAGGAGCGCGAGGCCGAGCGCCAGCAGGCCAACCGGAUCCUAAUGCAGCUGCAGCAGGAAGCUUUUCAGAAGACCAUCAACCAGCCGGUGACCCCGGAUCCGCUGUGUCUGCAGAACAGUUCUCUGUUCGCCCUGCAGAACCUGCAGCCCUGGACCGAGAACACCGCGAAGAUCAGCAGCGUGUCAUCGUGCGAGUAAGAGUGGUGCGAGUGCGCAGAGAGCCUGGAGCCAGGCCGGAGCCUGCUCCCGUGUCCACGGGUGGACCAGAGACUGGUGUGGAUCGUGCACAGUGUGUGUCUGAAGAGCUGAGCGUUUAUUAUUAUUUAUUUGCCUUGUGAAUAGACCUUUGACUCAACUGCAAACUUAAGCCACCACAUCUGAAUACAAAAAAUGACCAAUUAUUUAUACACAGAAAAGCACGUGAAGGCCACAAAGACUAAACACCAUGGCGAUGAGCCACUACAUUUAUUUUUGAUUAUUAUUUCCUCACUCAUAUUUUUAUACAAAUGUUUUUCAAGCUGUAUUUUCCUAUUCCUCUUUGGUGUGUGUGUGUGUUUUAUUUGACAGAAUAUUUUGAUAAUGGAUUCACCAGUUUAGUCCUUUUUUGUAACACGUGCUGUCCUUUGUCUUCUGUCACUUAAUCACGUGAUUAUUACACAAGUGUGGUCUUAUACACAGUCAUUGUCAUCACAAAUCAGAUCAACUCAUUAUUUUUGCUUGGUGAGGGAAACAAACACAUUUGAACCUUGUGUUUACUUGUAAUGGUACAUAAAUGAACGGUGCACACUAAGGGAACUUGAAAACAGCUAGAAAUGUUUGUCAGCAUGUUACACAGAAAUCUGUAGUAUAUAAAUAUGUAGUAUAUAAAUCUGUCAAGACAAUUUAUUUUUGCUACUGGCGCCUGAAGAUGCUGCAAUGUAAAUAAGAUAUGCAAAAUAAAUAAAAGGAAAAUAAACGAUGUAUAAA